AUGGGGCUUGAAGGUUUGAUUCCAAGGCAUAAUCGUUCAAAGAGCUUUCCUGAUAAGAAAACAGUCAAGGAGUAUAUUUCAGAUAGCUUUGAGACUUCAGAUCAAACAAAGCUGGAUGCAGGUUACGUCACGGAAUGCAGUGAAACUAAUAAAAAACAAACCCCUGUGAAUAAUGUUCAAAAUACUCUAAAGCAAGAGAUUUUACAAUUAGAGAAAAGAUUAGAAGACCAGUUUAAGGUUAGAUGCACAUUAGAAAAGGCACUUGGAUAUAGACCUAUAUCUCUUGUUAAUCCAGAUGACAUGACAAUACCAAAGCCAACCACAGAUUUAAUUAAAGAAAUCGCAGUUUUAGAGUUAGAAGUUGUAUAUUUGGAACAAUAUCUUCUCUCCUUAUACCGGAAAGCAUUUGAACAACAACUAUCCCCAGCAGUGGCUCCAUCUACCGUGGAGGGAAGUGAAAAGUCUCCUCCUCUGACAACACCUCGAGAUAGAUUCCUUGAAGUUUCUCCUUCUUUAACAAUAAAAGGAUGUUCUGAUGUACAAUGUAUUGAUCACAAGGUUGAUACUAUUCAAAAAGAAUGUAAUGAAUAUGGACUCGAGACUCCAGAUAACGAAUGCAUUGUACGUUAUCCAGAAGAAAAACAUUUAGACUCUGGUGUUCAUCGUUGUCACUCCUCGUUAUCUCAAUAUUCAGCAAGAGUAUCCCCUCCAGAAGAAGCGUUGACCGAUUCUUUACGCGCCUGUUAUUCUCAACCCUUGUCCAUGGUGGAGUUUGCCGAAAGCAUUGAUGCUUCAACAAAAAUAAUCAGUCUAGCAGAACAUCUCGGUACUAGAAUAUUUGAUCAUAUUCCAGAAACAGCUAAUAGGCUCUCUGAGGAUAUGGUUAAAUGUAUAUCAGCUAUAUAUUACAAACUUUCAGACGCUCCUGCAACAAAUCCCGGCCUUUCAUCUCCCAGUACUUCAACAAGUGCCUUUUCUAUUGGAGAUCAAGGAGACAUCUGGAGUCCAGGAUUCAAAAAUAACUCGUCUUUCGAUGUAGAGUUGGACAAUCCUUUUCAUGUUGAAGGACUCAAGGAAUUUAGUGGGCCUUAUAGCACCAUGGUUGAGGUAUCAUGGAUUUAUAAAGUGAAUCAGAAGUUAGGCAAUACAGAGCAAUUGCUCCAGAAUUUCAGGUCACUUAUUGGUCAAUUAGAAGAAGUAGAUCCGGGGAAGUUGAAACCCGAUGAGAAGUUAGCUUUCUGGAUCAACGUACACAAUGCUUUAGUGAUGCAUGCUUUCUUGGCUUAUGGAAUCCCACAAAACAAUGUCAAAAGGGUCCUUCUUCUAUUGAAGGCUGCAUAUAAUGUUGGAGGUCAUACAGUAAGUGCCGACACAAUACAGAAUACAAUACUCGGUUUCCGAAUGUCUCGUCCUGGACAGUGGUUCCGCGUGUUUUUUUCUUCGAGAACAAAAUUCAAAGCUGGAGAUGGACGACAAGCAUAUGCAAUCGAGCAGCCUGAGCCUCUUCUUCACUUUGCACUUUGUUCAGGAAACCACUCUGAUCCAGCGGUACGUGUAUAUACACCGAAGAGAGUGCAUCGAGAACUAGAAGUUGCAAAGGAAGAGUACAUUAGAGCCACGUUUGGCGUACGGAAGGACCAGAAAAUACUUGUACCCAAGAUUGUAGAUUCAUUCUCCAAGGAAUCGGGUUUGUCCCACGCCAGUCUUAUAGAGAUGAUCCAACAGUCUCUACCUGAAUCUCUGAGAAAGAGUAUUAAGAAAUGUCACUUUGCGAAAUCCGGGAAGAGCAUAGAAUGGAUUCCACACAACUUUACUUUUCGAUAUCUCAUACCUAAGGAGCUGAUAAAAUAA